UUCCCKGCGCUUCCCCCGGACCAUGGCGGCUGCGGGCGGGAUUGUGCCGGUGCUGCCGGGGCUCUACCUGGGCAGCGCCGAGUCGUGUUCAUCCCCGGAGGCGCUGCGGACGGCGGGGGUGGUGGCGGUGCUGACGGUGGACGCGGAGGAGCCGCCGGCCGUGCCGGGGGUGCGGGCCAUGCACGUUCGGCUGCGGGACGAGCCCGGCGCGGAUCUGCUGAGCCGCCUGGACGAGUGCGCCGCGUUCCUGAGCGCGGCCCGGGCGGGCGGCGGCGCGGCUCUGGUGCGCUGCCACGCCGGGGUGAGCCGCAGCGUUGCAGUGGUCGCCGCUUUCCUGAUGAAGACGCAGGGSCUCGGCUGCGAGGAGGCGCUCGCCGCCCUCAGGGCCGCCAAGCCGGACGCGCAGGUGAACCCGGGCUUCCAGGGRCAGCUGAGGCUCUACGAGGCGAUGGGCUGCGCUGUGGACACCAGCAGCGCGCUCUACAAGCGGUACCGGCUGGAGAUGCUCAGCGAGAGRUUCUCCGAACCUCAAGACUUGCCCCGAGAAGUCUUUGCAGUUGAUCCUACCACUUUAUGUCAAACUUCAAACACAGASGUUCUCUACAGGUGCAGGAAAUGCAGACGCGCUCUGUUCCGUAGCUCCAGCAUUUUGUCCCACACGGAAGGAAUUGGACCAACAGCCUUUGCYCACAAGAGGAUAACACCCACUGCACAACUUUCUGGGAAUGGCCAGGAAAAGUGCACCUCGUACUUCACUGAGCCCGUGCAGUGGAUGGAGCCAGCAUUGCUUGGAGUGAUGGAAGGACAGCUCCUGUGUCCUAAAUGUACCUCAAAGCUGGGCUCCUUCAGCUGGAGGGGGGACCAGUGUUCCUGUGGCCGCUGGGUGACUCCGGCCUUCCAGAUCCACAAAAGUCGGGUGGAUGAAGUGAGGACACUGCCARUUGGUAAYUUCCAAACUGCCAAAACUUGAACUYAUCGCUUUACUUGAUGGAUUUCUCCACAGAGAGCUACUGACUAGUCCAUGGUAGCCAGGAAURAGCCUGUGACUUCCACCCCUUUGUGAGGUGGCAAAAUUACUUGGAAAACCUUGAGCUUGCUGUAUCUCUUAAUGUAAAGUAUCAGAAUAGUUCCUUCAAAGAGGUUUUAUAGUUUGGUCAAAUCUACAAAAUGGGCCAAAUGUGAUGUUUUUAGUGCAUUCUUGUAUGUAUUGCUGUUUACAAAAGGUCUCAGCUCCUUACAUGAAAGGAGUUUCUGUGGCCAGCAGUGCUGCUCAGCUUCUGAUCUCAAGUGCCAAGWGCUCUAAAGUGAUACAAUAACAGUUGUUGUAUUAGCAUGCAUGGCAGCAGAAGGCAAACCUACAGUUUUAYAUUUCUAUUGUAUUAAAAGGAAUCCUAAAAAUACCUCCCCUAAGAGUAUUUACUACAUCGCAACUCUUUCAUGUAAUGUGUGAGGAUAUUGUGCAAGCUGUACUGGAAUGGGAGAACUGAAGGAAAAGAGUUCAUACCAAAUUACUGCUUAGUUUUAAAGGAAUCUCUAAACUGAUUAAUUUUUUAAAAGCAAGCUGUGAGCUUAGGUGAGGGGCUGCUGURUACACCACUGUGGCAUAGGUUUAGUUUGACAUAAGAAAACAGGACAGAUAAAAUCUAAUUUAAAUCAAUUUUAUUUUCAUUGACUUGAACAAUUUUUUUAAAUUUAUUUUUUUACACAAUUUCCAGCAACAUACAUUAUGAAAUAUACAAGAUAAAGUAGGUGGUGGGGUUCUGCCCAUCUUGUAAUUCCUCCCACAGCUGUGGAAGGAAGACUUGUAGGACACAGUGAACAUCAGAAUCUCAACACUGAAAACAGACACAAAACAAAAAGGACAAAAAUAUAUAUGAAACUUUGAACUGGUCACACUUCAGGGCCAGGUACAGCACAAUAAAUAUUAGAACUGCAUUAUCUUAGACAUCUUCUGUAAAGUUUAUAACAUCCUCUAUUUAAAGAGAUAAGAACAUCUGGUUUCUAGCAUGAAAUGCUACAUUGUACAGUGGUGAAGGGUACAAACGAUGAGGAGCCCAGCAAGGGCUUGGAUGGCGACUACUCAUUCACACAUGCUCGUUGAUAAAAUAAGCAGCAUACACCGAAAGUUUAGUGAGCUGUAAACUUAAGCAUUCACUACCAGAAUAUCAGCUGGAGGAGCAGUUUCUUUUUGGGAGAGCCAAAAAUAGUCAAUCCCUUUAAGUUUCAGCUGGGCUCUCCCCUGACAGUGGGUUGAUACCAUAAUAGAAGUGGCAGCGUUUGGUCCGUAGCAMAAGAUCCCUUUGCAUCACUACUGUUCAAAGCUGGCGCCGGUGGAAAUAUUUCAGUGCAGAAUUAACACUGGUGUAGGCACGGUGUCAGGUGUUGUCUCAGGACUAACAAAGCAGUAGAUGGCAGCUGGAACCCAGCUGGGCACAGGAUGCCACCUGACACAAUCGAGAGGGAGAGACUGGAGAGGAUGCCAGCAUCUCACUCUUAUCACACUAGAGCAGUGGGAUGAGUGCUGGGCUCGGGGAGUUUGACAGAACCUCAUCCUCAUCUAGUUUUGCCAGGAUAAAAGCCCCAGAGACAACACUUUCAGCUGCUUGACAGAGUGGUUCCAGGGCACAGAGCAAAGACCAGAGCCACUGGUUUCUCUUGCAUCGUAAUCAACAAGGCAGGAGUAAAUACAUUUUGUACUCAUCAACCUUCCCCCAUUCAUCCCCUGCCCCCAGUUGAGCAUCAUACAUUCCUCUUACACGRGAACUGGGGACCUUCUGUGCCAACACUGAACAGGCCAUGU